GCCGACGUAAACGAUCGCGUUUGACUUGGACGUGCAGUAUUCUAGUAGUGUAUUAGACAAACGAAUAUGGAUUUCAACGGGAGCGUGUUGAGACCUUUACCACAACUCGGGUACGGUAUAAAGAAUAAUAAAUAAAUAUCAAACGUAAUUUUCUUUUAUAGGCUACAAUAUAAUAUUGGACCAUCCCGUUGUAAAUACAAUUGCUUUUCUAUUGGUCUCCUACAGUUUUCUUCAAUCCGAUCUACUUGUAUUUUCCUGUUGUACUAUACCCUAUAUACUAAUAGUACUAUCUGCUUCUUCUCCUAAAUCAGUUUUCACAUAAUAUAUUUUUUUUUAACUCGUAACUCAUAUUACUAUACUAGAGAAUCGUUUAGGUGUGUGUACUCAGGCCUGUCGCUAGGGUACAAGCAAAACAUAUGUUGUUUUAGGGCGACAUUAAAUUUUAAAGAAAUUAAAGCGGCAAAAUGAAAUUAAUUAUCGUCAAAAAGGACUGCAAUAAAAUUUUCGCUUUAUGGCGGAAAAUAUUUUACGGCGGGCCUAUGCAUACUGUGUGCCAUAUUGACAUAAAGCUGUGUGUGUACAUUCUUAUGAAUUCUAGGCCAAUGGAUAACGACGAAGAAGCCCAUUUAAUGGGUUGGAAUCUCACUCCCGAAGACCUCGUCCAUGUACCGGAACAUUGGUUAUCGUACCCAGAAGUCAGAUCGAUGUACCAUUAUAUCAUGGCGUUUUCGUACUCGAUUUUAUUUGUUAUCGGUAUCAUUGGCAACGGCUUGGUUAUAUGGAUAUUUUCUUUGUGAGUACCUACAAGCAAUGUCCACAAUAUGUGUAUAUUAUAUGUAAUAUGUAUACAUUUCAAUAGUGUCUUCCUGAUAGUCAAAAUAAUGGUAGGGAUUAAAAUAAGCUGAAAAAAAAUAGCUGUAGAAGUUUUAUAUAUAUAUAAAAUAAAUAAAACACGACAGAGUGCAGAGAAAUAAUUAUAACGUGAAAAACAAGCAAAUAUUGCGUAUAUUAUGAUUAUACACAAACAAAAGAGGAAAGUUCUAAGAAACUUCAAAAAGGCACCCACCCUUCCUCUACAAUGCAUCAUUUAAAUCAAAAAAUAGUAUCAGACAUCUUCAUAGAAAUUGUGUGAUUGGAACAAAUUUAGUUUUCUGGUCGAAUCGUGUUUAUGAACAAAAAACAAUUUGAAAAUAAAAAUGUAUUUUUUUAAUAGCUACUAAUAUAUAUAUAUAUAUACUAUACUGGAUACCUAUAACCAAACAUUUGAUGAAAACCACAUAUAAAUAUUUAAAAAUAUUAUUUUAAUUAGGCAUAAGCGAUUCAUACCUUAUUACUUUAAUACCUUCGAUAUCGAACUCUAGGUGAUUUUCGAUAUUGAUGUCGAUAUUUUAGUAUGUUAAAUGAUAAAGGAUAACGUAAUAAUCAUGUCACGGUUAAAUAAAUUACAAUAUUUUUAUUUUAAAAUAAAUUUCGAGUAUCAAAAUAAAACGAAUAUCGAAUAUACAAAUUUUUGGUAUCGCCCUUCUGUAGUUUUGAUAUUUAUAAGGCCUCGAAAUAAACAUUACUAUAAAUUGUAGUUGGUUUUUUCUUUUAUAAUAAAAUAUAAAAUAUGUAUUUCUUUUGCCGAAAGGAUAAUUAUUAAUAUGUGCACACUGCCAUAUAAAUAUAUAAUUAUUGUUAUUUCAGAUCAAAACCAUUGCGAACGCCGUCUAAUUUAUUCGUUCUCAAUUUAGCCUUGUGUGAUUUUUCAAUGGUGUUAGUAUUGCCGAUACUCAUAUACGAUUCGAUAGAUCACAAAUACCCCGGACAUUUACAAUGUCAGAUAUUUGCAUUAUGCGGAUCAAUCAGUGGCAUCGGUGCGGGUGCCACGAACGCUGCAAUUGCAUACGACCGAUACAGGUAUCUGGUAUAUUGGACUCUGGUAUAUUAGUAUCUGGUAUAUAGAAUAUUACACAAAAGCAUAUCCGUCGGAAAAGAACCGUAUAAUGACGGGGCUUCAUAAGUAUAUAAAGUGGAAAUACUAAAUUUCCACGAAAAAUACACGACUAAAAAUUAUCUUUACAAAACCCCGAUUUUUAAUAAGGCCUUAACCAACCGGUAUUUAAGGGGUUGUGUAUAGAUAUUUUGUGAACAUUCGUCAACUAAAAAUGAUUUAAAUUCACUUUAAAAGUGAAAAAUUAAAAAUGUAAUAAUAAUAUGGAUCCGUUCCAUAAAAAUCACCAAUAGCUAUUUAUUGUGUAAUCGUGAUAUUUGUUUAAAAAAAAGAAGUUUUAACGCAAAACAGAGUAAAUAGAUACAAAAUAAGUACGUUUCAAAAUGAUUUUAGAAUUUGACACUGAUUUUCAUACUUUUUAGUUUUUAAACACCUUAUUUAUUAUUUUUUUAUACGAGUAUUAUGACCGUGAAUGACUCUAAAAAAACUUCAUUUCUGCAGACAACUAUAAUAAUAAACUUAUAGUAAUCAGUAAUAACUAAUUUGAGUAAGGCCUUACUGUAAUUUUUAGUACAAUAGCGAAACCAUUUGAGGGCCGUAUGACUUACGGUAAAGCGUUAAUAUUGAUCGUUUGCAUUUGGAUUUGGGUUUUUCCAUGGUGUUAUUUACCACUGAGCGAAAAAUGGAAUCGAUACGUACCAGGUUAGUAAUUUGUUAAAUACCUAGAUAAUUGUUUAUGUAUAGUCACUAUAGUCACGUUUUAAGAAAUACAGAAUGUAGUAUACUUUACAUAUAACUAACUAGAAAAAUAUCGUAAGUUACAUUAAACUUAUUUUAAUUGCAAUACUUCAACAAAACCAAUACAAAUUUUCUAUUUUUAAUACUGUCUACAGUAAAAGCAAAUUGACAUAUAGGUAGACAUCCAGUUUAAAGACAAAACCUGUGUUACCUGUGCUCUCUAGCUGGAUAUGGGUAUUAUAAUUUGUAAUAUUUUUAACGCCCAUGUAUGUAUAUUAUAUGUGUGUAAUACUACCUUUAAUAUAGAAAUAUUGAAACAAAAACCGACUGAAGUAUUAAAAAUUAAAAAGCUCUAGAUAUUGUUUACGUAUGUUGAAAAUGAACUAUGUUACGUAUAGAGGUACGUUAAACAGAUUUCGGUAUGAAACGUAUUUGGGCUACAAAUAAUAUUUGUCCUACAAUUUGUUAUUUAUAAAUAAAACACGAUAUUUGCAUUUUCACAAAAUGGUAAAAUAAAUAUAAUUUUAAAAAAUAGUUACUGCAUUACGCCAUUUAUACCGAAAUAAAAAUAAAAUGAUUAACGAUAUUAAUAAAAGUGUAUGUUUUCCAGAGGGAUUUCUAACAAGUUGUUCUUUUGACUACUUGACACAAACAGACGAAACAAAAUUUUUCGUCGGAGUCUUGUUCGUGAUUUGUUACGUUAUACCUCUUUCAUUUAUAAUAUACUUUUAUUCGCAAAUUGUUAAUCACGUGUUCAACCACGAAAGAGCUCUACGUGAACAGGUAAUUUUUAAUAUCUUUAUCAUUUAUAAAAGUUAUUGUUUUGUUCAAAUAUUUUGAAAUAGGUACCUAUUUAACCUAUUUUAUAGUAUCUACCUGUGAGAGGGGAUCAGAAUACUUCCACGAUACCUCUACCUGUCUAAGAGGCGACAAAUGGAAUUGUGUUAGAUCGGCAGCCAGUGUAAUAUUCUGUUAAAUAGUAUGAGGAGUUCUAGAAGACUUUGGUAGAUUGUCGUCCCAUCUCGAAUUCAGAGACAACAGGUGGAAGGAGGUAUCAUGGUGUAAUGUUUUGCAAAUGACAUAGCUUUGAUAUAGGAGAAAAUAUUAAAUAAGUUAACAAUAGACUUGAGUUAUGGAGAGUAGCAUUUGAAAGAUAGAGAUUAAGAAUAAGUAGAAAUAAAACAAAGUAUGAGUUUAGAGGAACAGGAUAAGAUAGAUAACGACAAUAAGCAAUUAUAAGUAAGGUUGAGAGUUUUACUUUCCCAGGAUCUUUUGUACAAAAGAACAGUGGCUAUCAUGAGCAUCUGAAUUAUAGAAUUCCAUGUGUUUGGAUAAAGUGAAAAUAAGUGAAAAAUGUUUUAUGAAACAAGAAAAUUCCAAUGAAACAUAAAGUUGAGUUCUACAGAAGUAUGGUGAGACUGACAAUGUUGUAUAGUUAGGAAUUUUGAGCGGUAGACAAAAAAAUGGAAUAGAGAAUGAGUGUUCCAGAGAUAAGAGUGCUUAGGUAGGCUAUUGGAAUGACGAGAAAAUAUAAGAUAAGGAAUGAGUACAUAAGAAGUAGCUAAGGCAUGGCUUCGAUAGUAAACAAAAUGAGAUAAAAUAGACUGAGAUAUCAUGGGAAAAGAAGAAUCUGAAGCAGUGAGUAUUGUAAUGAAAAUAAACGUAGGAAGAAAUAGGUGGAGAGGAAAACUAAAAGAGAUGGUUGCGUGCGAUUGAGAAUAAUAUGAGGUGUAUGCGAAGUUUAGUGGCUGAUUCCAAAUAGUUGGAAUGAAAGCGAAGGAGAAGAAGAGAAGGUAUUUUGUAUUAUAUUUUUCAAUUCAGUUGUAUAUUAUAUAAUUUGCAUGUAUGUAUAUUGUAAAUAAUAUUAUUUAGGACACUUUUGUACGACAAAUAUUUUUUAUUUUACUUUUUACUACAUUCAUAAAAUCCCAAACAAAUCAAAAUAUUAAAUGAUUAUUUUGUUCAUAAACAACCAUGAAUACAUAGUAACAAUUUUAUUGUCAUUUAAAAACAAUUUAAGGGUACGAUGGAAGAAGCCAAAAAAGAUAGUAGCCCAUUUUUGAAUAUUGUUCAUUAGACCAAAACUUUCUUCCGGAUAUAUGAGUUAUAUUAUUUUUUAACCGGUACAUUUAAUAUUUCACUUUCAGUUUUAUCCACCAACUAAAAAAUUUUUUUCACUGAAUAGAACUCAACAUUUGAUGACAAUCUCAAACUAUCAAAUGGUAUCAUUAUCUCAAAAAAAAAAAAAAAUUCUAGGAAAAAGAAGAAUACUAUCCUUCUUUUCUUGUGCCCUUCAAUAGAAAAUUUUUUUUCGACUUAACAGUUAAACAAAAACACAACACAAGUUUCUAAAAAAAAAAAAUAAGUUUAUAUUAUAGUCUAUAUAAUAGGGGUAUAAACAGGGUUCUCAACAUAAUGCAAGACAGUUAUUAUUAAGGAAACUAUUUAUUUUUUUCGUAAUUUGCAAUAUAAAAAUUAUAAGUAAUAAAGAGCUCUAAUAUGUUAAAUUACCGUAUUUUUUUGUUUUCAACCAUAUUUUUGAGAGUGAAACUAUUAUCUACUUUUUAUUUCAAAAUAAAUAUAUAGGCUAAAAAGAUGAACGUCGAAUCGUUACGAAGUAAUCAAGACGCAAAUGCUCAAUCGGCGGAAGUGAGAAUCGCGAAGGCCGCGAUAACGAUUUGUUUCCUGUUCAUAGCUGCUUGGACACCUUACGCAGCAGUUGCACUAAUUGGUGCUUUUGGAGAUCAGUAAGCGUUUUUAAAAAAAACAUUAUAAAUAUUAUAUACGUAAGUAUAUCCAAUGGUACAACUCGAAAAUUUGCAAAUUUGUAUGAAUUAUUAAUUUAUACUACAAUAUCAAACAUUUUCAUGCAAUUUUGAAUGCAUAUACGCCGUGCACAACCAAUUAGUAAUUUAUUCUCCUAAAAACUUACCAAGAUAUUUGUUUGAAAUUCAUAUGCCCUCCCUCCUACCAUGAUAAUGAAUCCUGGUUUUAUCCAGGUAGCUAUGUUUAUAUCCGUAUACGGUUUUAUAUGUUUUAAGAUCGUUGCUGACACCCAUCGUGACAAUGUUACCAGCCGUAUUUGCCAAAACUGUGGCGUGCUUCGACCCUUACGUGUAUGCAAUAAGUCAUCCGAGAUACAGGUAAUCCAAACACAAAUCAAAACUAUAUGUAUAUCGUUCUUUCAUACCUAUUUAUCAAGCCAUUCGAUUUAUAGCCUUUAUUUUCCAAACGUUUUAAAAUUUCCUAAUUCCCACCUAGCAAUGCCACACAUUCAUUACCUAUAUAGGUACUUAUUUUAUUACUGUACAGACCAAUGCCCAAAAAUACAAAAAAUCAAACUAAAUGAAAUUAUUAACUAAGGUCUGAAUAUAGGUUUGCAGUAUUAUAGAAAGGCGAAGUAUUUACAUUUUGAGAUAGAUAGAUAAUUUUAGAUAUUUUUACCUUAAUUUCAUUCCAGGAAAUGAUGUUUGAGUAGGUUAUGGAAAGAUCCAUCUCUUAAUACAAGUAGACAUGAUACACACUCAUUUCUAUCGAUUCCGUUUUUUUUCAUCCUCAGAUUCGUUCAUAAUAAUGUCCCGAACAUAAUAUCCAUUAUUCGUUAAUUAUACGUCUUGAAUUUGUCAUUCAGAUUGGAACUGUCAAAGCGCCUCCCGUGUUUGGGCAUCAACGAGAAACCACCAGUACUGGCCGAAACACAAUCGACGACUACGUCUGCUUGAUAUUAUUUCAUUUUAUAAUUUUAGAACACAAUGUUUGAUCAAUAUUACACAUACACACACACACAAACAUACACUUAAAACAAUGCUUUUAAAUAAAAAAUAACAAUUUUAACGGUAUGAAAUAGGUGAAUAGGUAAGAGGUCCCUAUAAUAAUAUAUUAUAUUGUAUUAUCUUAUAAAUGGAAUAUGUAAACAACGCAAAAACCAAUUAUUAUUUAUACCGAACAAUUAUUUCACAUAUUCGGUAAGUAUGAGGAAUACUGAAUAGGUACCUACAGUGGAAUCUCGAUCGAAACAAUAAUAAUUUCAUAUCCUUCCUGAACUACAAUAGACCUCGAUAAAUCAGAAGAAUACUAAAAAACUAUAAUAAUGUUUGAGACCAUGUUUUAACGGCUCCUUCUAUACAUUCUGCAGCGUUCAUUCUAAAAUCAAUAUCCGUAUAAAUGUCUGUACACUUAAAUUUUGUUAUGUUAACGUUGCACAAACACAUCAUUGACACGAACUAAUGAAAUUAAAUUUAUGUGGUUUCAGGAAAUCUAUGAAAACUGGAGAUUGUUUAUUAUUGGUUUUUCUAACCAAUCGGUCACCCUGUGUGUGCCAAAAUACUUAAUCAUAUUAAGGGUGGAAAUAAAUUCUUCCGGGUCGUUUUUUGGUUUAAAAAAACGUCAAAUCUCCAGGAUUUACCUAAGUUCUACUUGGGAUAUACUUAUCAACUGUUAGAAUUUUUUUUGUAAACGCCAAAAAUAAAAUUAUUCAAGAGAGCCUAAAAACCAUUUAUGUAUGAUUCAACUAUAGUUAUAAAUUAAUUUACACUAUAAUUUUAGAUUCUGAGUUCAACGAAGAACAUAUUGGUUUUACUAUACAUAUUGAGUUGUUUUUUUUUUUUUUUAAAUAAUUGGACAUCGAUGAAGUAAAUUAUAUUAAGUUUAUCGAUACCAGAGUCCUCUUUCUAUGAGUCGUUAUAUCACAUACGCAAAAAUGACUAAAAGUGUAAUUUGAGAAAAUUAUCGCUUAUAACAAAUAGCCUUUUAACAGUUGAUAUGUAAACUCCCUUAGUUAAACAUUAGGUUUACUCAAAGGAAAUAUAUGUUAACGCCACUUGGUACAAUAAUUUUAAACGUAUCAAAUUCUAGUGAAUAUACUCGUAUGUGGUAUUCAUGGUUGUGAAUAUUGGUGAAUUGACUACAUUUAAGGUGACAACGCUUGAAAGUUAUACCUUUUGUAACGAAUUAAGA